CAGCUGGUGUAAAUAAACAUCAAAACCUGCAAAAGUGUUUUUUUUAAAAUUCAAAAAACAACUGCAAUAGACUGGCAUCUUGUCUGGGAGGGUGCAGCCUUUGCCCAACAGUAGGUAAAACAGGUUCCAGCCAGUGACCCCAUGACCCCAAAAGACUACCUGCACAAUGCUUAAUACACUCUUCUGUCCUGCAGAUUUAGAUGGAAAGCUGUACGAUGCCUAUGUGGCGUAUUCACAGCCACAGCCUGUUGGGUUUGGGGAGGAGGUCGAGAAGUUCGCUCUGCACACACUGCCUCAAGUGUUGGAGGAGUCUUGGGGCUAUAAACUCUUCAUAGAAGGUCGUGACGGCCUGCCUGGACAGUCCAAAGUGGAUUCUGUGGAGGAGAACAUCCAAGCUAGUCGCUGCUUCCUCCUGCUCUACACCGCCUCCACCUUCAUCUGCAGACAACAAACCAACGGCACCUGCAGCAACAGCUCAGACAAAACGAGAAAGACCCAAAGCACAUGUGACAGAGAGUGCUCAGAGUCCAUGCAUCACUUAGAAUGUGUGGCUGCAAUGCACAGGUCACUGCUGGAGGGGUCUCUGAAG